AUCUUCACUAUAUUUACAAAAUUGCCACCGGCUGUACGGUUUGCGCCGUACAGCCGGGUGUACGGUAUAGGCACUCGAUAUGUCGUAAAUUUUCUCUUUUGAACCAUUGCCGACUGAAAAUUCUCCCAUGUCUCAACAUCGACGAUUGAUCUCUCUUUCACGACUUUCUCUAAUCUACACAAAUUCAUCGAUCAAGAAGUUAACAAAUUUCAGAUUUCUCUGGGAAUGAUCAAGUAUUGAGAUCAAGAGUGUGGAAAGAUAGAAAGCGUAUACUUGGUAAACUAUUGAAAGACAUUGAAGAAUAUGUUCAACCACACACUUUAGUUUAAUUGAAUUUUACAAUAUGAAAGUGCUAUUGAUUCCUAUCGACAUACAUUCCAGAAAGUUAAUAGAAGUUCAGGAUGUUUUUUGGAUGCUGCAAGUUCAGGAUGUUAUGUUCCAGAAUAUAAAACCCCUCUUGUACUUGAGAAACAUGCUUCUGAGCCAUAUCGCAAUUUAUUUGUUAUAUGAAGUCCAGUCCGACUUCAUUUUAAGCAUGAGAAAGAGUUUCUUCUUUCGUCCCGAGAUACCAUGGACUAUUAGCGUCAAAGAAGGUUUUAUUCAGUCCUUCUAUGCUUCUUCUGCACCAACCGAAGUGUCUGUCCUUUCACCCAAAGCGGCUAGAUAUAAGAAUUUGUGUUGUGAAUUAAAGGGCUAAAGAGGUUUCUGUUGAAGAGUAGACACAACAAAAAAGAUUAUGUAUGUGUUGUAACGUUAUGAGUCAUCAUGAUAGUCAAUAUUGUCCAAACUUCAAAUGUCCUUGGACGUUUAUAAUUUUAUCAGUUACUAUAGUUAUUUUGUUUAUGUUUUAUUCAACAAUGUGCUUCUUAGAUCAAUAAUUACAAGAAUUUUGCUUCUUUUUAAUGUCAUAUUGUUUCAUUUAAG